CCUCCACAAACGAUCCUAACCGUUCGUUUUUUAACCUCGUUCGUAGAGGAAAGAUCCCAUAAAGCAAAGCCACUCAGCACUCAAUACUCUCUCUCUCUCUCUCUCUCUCUCUCUCUCGCUUGGCGCCACAAACACAGCCACAGUCUUUUAGUUAUUGGAGUUCAUAAACAGUGGGAUUGCAAUACCUUCCACACUAAUGGGGACUAGGGAAAGCAGUGAACCUUCAACUCAGGGUGCGCCUUUUGAAAUUCAGAAGAAAGAGGAAACGUUUUUUGAUGAGUACACAGAAUCAUUGACAAUAUACAAGGAAGGCUCAGUAGGUACGGAGUUCGUAGGUAAUGCAUUGGCGGAAAGUGAGAAGAAAAUUUCUUUUUCUGGAAAUAAUGGUGAUGGUGCUUCACAAAGUGCUGCAAGCAGAGGUGAGGACUCGUCAGAUGAGAGUGGUGACGUUAAUCGAGAUUUUUCAGCAACUCAAAAUCAAAUGCUUGACCUGAUGCAUCAAGAUGGGGAUGCUGAGAAUAAUUCUACAGACCAGUAUGGUGGUACAAAUACAGAUUUGGCAUUUCAGGAUUUUGGGGUGAACGUGCCUGAGACCCAUUUGGAUUUGGGAAUGGGCCUCAAUGUCUCCAGCAGCCAAGCCAUACGUACCAAGGAAGAUUAUGAACAGAGAAUAGAAAAGAGAAAGCAGUCUAAUAGGGAGUCAGCUAAGAGGUCAAGAUUACGCAGACAGGUAACGUACUUAUGCAGUCUUUCGGAUGACAACAUGUGUGUAUGUGUAUAAUUUAUAGAGGUUCCAUUUAUCGUGUGUGUAUGUGUGUGUGCACAUGUA